AUCAACAUCUAGUAUUUUGAUUUAGGGUAGGAUUUGUAACUUUGAUUUUCAUUUAAAUUUCCAAUUUUUUUGAGCCCUUUGAAUCUUUGGUGUACCCAACUAUGAUGGAACAAAGAACCCCAAAUUUUCUAUUGGGUCGAUGAAAAAGUACCAUUUGACCCAUUAUCUGAUCCAAAGCCCACUUUCCCCACACCACCUGACUCAGUCAUUCAGUCCACCAUAACCUCAUCAAUUUGUGUGGCAAAGAAUGAGAUAACCUUCUGCAAAACUUCAUGCUCACCGUCUCCACAAAAAAUUGAAAAAAAAAAACCUUUUUUCCUUUCAAUUUGCACAACACAAUCUCACAUCGUAUCGACAUCUAAAACUCAAAAGAGUCUGUCAUUUCCCUUACUUCCUCAAACCAGAAGCCAUGGCCAGCAUGAUAAUGGCUUCCUCAAAGCCUGUAAUCUCCAUUGCUGCUUCAUCAUCCUUCUUUUCCAAACCCAAACUCAAACAAAUCCCACAACUUUCCCUCCCAAAACUCCCCACUCCAAAGUUCUUGAAAACCCAACAAAUCCCCUCACUCUCGUCCACCACUCUCAAAUCUAUCUCCCUCUUCACAGUCACCACUUUAUCCUUUGCCCCACCUUCUCUUGCUGCAGAAAUAGAAAAGGCCGCUCUUUUCGAUUUCAACUUAACCCUCCCCAUCAUGAUGGUCCAGUUCUUGUUCCUCAUGUUUGCUCUUGACAAGGUCUACUUUACCCCACUCGGGAAAUUCAUGGAUGAGAGAGAUGCUGCCAUAAAGGAGAAACUUGCCAGUGUGAAGGACACGUCUGAGGAAGUGAAGCAGCUUGAAGAACAAGCAGCGGCAAUUAUGAGAGCUGCAAGGGCUGAGAUUGCAGCCGCUUUGAACAAGAUGAAGAAGGAGACUCAGUUGGAAGUUGAGGAGAAACUGGCUGAAGGGAGGAAGAAAGUUGAGGCUGAAUUGCAGGAGGCUUUGGCUAAUUUGGAGAAUCAAAAAGAAGAGACUAUCAAGUCACUUGAUUCCCAGAUUGCUGCUCUCAGUCAGGAUAUUGUCAAGAAGGUGCUUCCUCUCUAAAAUCCCACUUCAUAUUUGGUUUAAUUUUGAGUCAAUAAUGUUUAUAUAGUUUUGAGACCAUCUAUGUAUUUAAUAUGAAUUUGAAUUGUAGAACAAGGGACAACUUUCUGUACUCCAAUGAAAUCUGAACCCUUUUAUUUUUUAUUUAUGGAUUUUAAUUUUUCUGCCAAA